AUGUCUGGAUCAUGCAACAACCUCAACGUGAUUACAAAGUCCCCGUUGUUUGACGAGCUCACUGCUGGUCGAGCCCCUCAGAUCCAAUUUCAAGUGAAUAACAGAAUUUGCAAUUUAGGCUACUAUCUCGCUGAUGGUAUCUAUCAUAGAUGGGUGACUUUCGUGAAAUCAAUUCCGAGGCCUACACGACCCAAGGAUCUGAAGUUUUCCCAGGCUCAAGAGGGGUGCAGGAAGGAUGUGGAAAGAUGUUUCAGUAUUUUACAGUCGCGCUUUAGUAUUGUUCGAGGAGCGGCACGUGGGUGGGAUAGAGAAGACCUUCGAUACAUCAUGUUGACUUGUAUUAUACUACACAACAUGAUAAUCGAGGAUGAAAGACCAGAUGACAAUGAUGAGGAUUUGGAGUCUGAUGAAGAAGAGGAUAACAAUAUGAGGCCUAUGUUGGCUACGGUUUGGGAAGGACCGACCGGUGAUGACUUUGAUCCUAUUGGUAGAGAUGGUUAUUAUUUCAACGGAUUCAUGAAUCGAUACGAUGCCAUUAGAUGUGCAAACAGUCAUUCAAACCUUCAAGAAGAUCAGAUAGAGCAUUUCUGGAACAUUCAAGGCAACAUGGAGAUCUAG